CAAACUUCCCCCCACUUGGUACCACGCUCUUCUGCUGUCUGCCCGCUUGCCUGCCUGCCUGCCUGCCUGCGCGCCUGCCUGCUUGCCCGCUACUUCAGUCUGCUGGCAAACACAAAAGAAAGAGUGAGGGCAGAGAGAAAGUGAGAAAGAGAGAGAGAGACACAGAGAGAGUGAGAGGGGUUUAGUUUUUUUUUUUUAAUGCUGUGUGCACUUUAAAACAAAAAAAAGAAAAGAAUACAGAAGCAUCUCUGUCCACAAUUGUUUUUAACUUUCCUAGAGAAGAGGCCCCUGGAAAGAAAAAGCAAACAAAAAAGGCAACCACCCAGAAGAGAAGAUGAUUAUUCUGCUUUCCAUGGCGAUGCUGGCCCUGAGCCUGGCCAACGGUGUGCAAGGACAGGCCGGCAGUGCUGUCUUCACCACAGAACCUGUUCCAGACGUCGAGGUCAUCUCCGGUCAUUCUCCCAACAUCGUCGCCACCCGAGGAGGUAACCUCACCCUGCCAUGUCGCCUGCACCGCACCUUCGGCUUCAACUUCGGCAGCACUGGCAUGAGGGUGAAGUGGACCAAGUACAACGAGGACCUCUCUCAGGAGAGUGACGUGUUUGUGUCCAUGGGCUUCCACAAGAAGGCCUACGGCAAUUUCCAGGGCCGCACCUUCCUGCAGGAAGCUGACGACAACGAUGCCACCCUCAUCGUCAUGAACGUGGGCUUGGAAGACUAUGGCAAGUACAAGUGCGAGGUCAUUGAUGGCAUGGACGACACUGUUGUGGAGCUGACCGUGGAACUCCAAGAUAGCAAGGAAUCCCUUUUGCUUUCCUCAGGUGUUGUGUACCCGUACUAUCCUCGCCUCGGCCGCUACAACCUGAACUUCCAUGAGGCUGAGAAGGCCUGUCUGGAUCAGGACUCUGUGGUGGCCUCCUUCGAGCAGCUGUACGAUGCCUGGCAGGACGGCCUGGACUGGUGCAAUGCCGGCUGGUUGAACGACGGUUCCGUGCAGUACCCCAUCACCAAGCCCAGGGAGCCCUGCGGUGGCAAGGCCGGUGCCGGCCUCAGGAACUACGGCGUUCGUGACAAGACCAGCAGCUACUUCGAUGCCUUCUGCUUCUCUGGGCCUCUGACAGGGCGUUUCUACUGGUUGGUCCAGCCCGACAAGCUGACCUUCGAUGAGGCCGUGCAUGCUUGCCGGAACGACAGUGCCGAGAUUGCCAAGGUGGGCCACAUGUUUUCCGCUUGGAAGCUUCAGGGCUAUGACCGCUGCGAUGCCGGCUGGCUGGCUGACGGUAGUGUCCGCUACCCCAUCUCCAACCCCAGAAAGAACUGCAGCCCGACGGAGGCUGCUGUGCGCAUGGUCGGAUUCCCCGACAAGAAGCACAAGCUCUACGGUGUUUACUGCUACAAAUCCCAGUAAGAACUGGUAACCCAGAUAUGUCAAGGUUCGAACAGAACAACCAAAGAGAUAGACGCAAAAAAAAACACGUUUUAGUACACAAUGGACUAUUAGCAUGAACUAGCAUUAUUCCACCAAAACUGUGAUAACCUUUAUAUUAUAAAUAAAAACUGAGAAUAAACCUCAGAUACUGUAAAAGAUACUUUAUAUACUGAAACAUUCCACACAUAUCCAUUGGUAAACCGCAUAAAAGUUAUUGAAAGUUCAUGAAAUAUUGAUAAAUACAAACAAUUGGACAUUUUGUACAUCUAUGCAACUCAAGUGGUAGAUGAAUGGGAUGGUCGUAGAUUGAGACACAUCAGGCUAGCUAUGAUUAUUUUCUGUGAAUGUGUCAGAGUAGUUCAAUGAAGCACAUUUUAUUUCUUUGAAAUCUAAAAAGCCACUGUUAGAUUGGAAAGACUGAAAUCCAAAUUUACUUUUUUUAUUUUGGUCUGGUCUGUAACUGUUAUUUACUUUCUUUGUCACUCACAAGACUCAUGUUCAUUUUCCUUUGACAGCUUUUCAGUGUACUCUUGAACAUUAUAAACUGUGAUCAUGUGUUUGAUUUAUCUGCUUGAAAUAUAAAAUGAAUGUAUGUGUCA